AUGGCAAUUACGCGGGGAUCAAAGCGGACAGCGCCAAGUCGUAAUCACCGAAAGCCCAAAACUGCUCGACAAGGCACGUUCAAGGAUUGGUUUCCGCACACCCGUGCGCUACACCUUCACGGCUGCCAUUUUUGCGGUGAGGCGUGCUUGAGCUCUCAAAAACUGCACGCCCACGAUUGCCAAGAUUUUCGCACCUUCCAGGAAGACAAUCCGCUACUCUACAAAUCCGCGAAGGUCUUUCUUCUUUGCGGACGAUGCGGCGACUAUUCGGCCUUCUCAAAGCAGGACCAAUUCCAAAAUUUCAUCGCUGCCCACGAACGUCGCUUUUGCCUAUUUUUGGUCGUCUACUUUGCCGUCGAGGAGCCCGCUUGCCAACAAAUCGUCAUGCAGUAUACGCCACGAUACUCCCACAUCGCUGAAGAUGCGUGCGCUGAGUGUUCCGACAGGCCCUUCCAAACAAUCGACGAGGCUGAAGCGCACUACAGGCGUAAAAGCCAUGAAAACCAGCUGCCGAGCUACUGCACCGGAUGCGACGAAGGUUUUGCCUUGAAGCCGCUGCUUUGGGAGCACCUAGUCGAGUGUGAAGACAUCGACGAAUUUGCGCAGGCCCUCGCGGACCUCGCUUCUAAUCACACGCUGCAGUCGAAUUCCCCGACCAACGACUUCUACAAGGAGGCCAAUGAGCGCUUCAGCGUGCCGCUUGAAUUCAAUUUUGAAAAGCUAAGUACCAGAUCCCCUAUCCCAAAUGCGCUCUGCACCGAUCCCUUGGCCCGCUUUUCU